AACCUCUUUAACAUAUUUGUAAAUUAAUUUCAAAAACACUUUUUUUUUCCCUCUUAUCCCCCUAAUUCUUUAAAUGACAAUUAUUUUUAAUUGCUUUGGUAUAUAUAAAAAAAGACUUUCAAAAAUUUAUCGAUGUUUCGGAAAAGACUCAUAAAAAAUAUUGACGAUGACUCGUAAAGUGAUUUUCUUAACAAUUUUCUUGCUGUCAUAACAAACAGAUAAAAUUCCAACUACCUAAUGUCGGACAACAUCUAAGAUCUUUACUUAAAUGGAGAUACUCAAAAAGAACAAAGGCCAAGGAAGAAUUGACCAUUUUUACAAUGACGGAAGCCUCUUUUAUUAUUCCGGAAAUAACGAGGGAAAUUUUGGAGCGCGUUUUACUUGAAAUUGCCAAGUUGAAUGAUGAAGAAAACGAAAUCCAAUUUCAGACAACGGAUAAUCCAAUGAUGAAUUCACGAAGUAAACUUACUUUUGAAAAAUGGCGUUUCACAUCAGAAUUUAUUCCCUCCAUUGGUAACGAACCCUCCAUGUCAUCCACUUCAUCGUCCCUUCCUCGUCUGUCCACAAGUGAAACUCAAAUUGAACAUAGAUCUGAAGCGAGUGCGAUCAACGCCUCAUCAUCGAACCUAUCUGCUUUUCCAUCAAACACUUUUGAGAAUACUACUCCAGGUGUAAACCUCGGAAAUUUCAUCAGCGAUCCCAUCAUUUAUCAUUAUAAUGUCGAAUAUCUCCUAGCUAUCAAUUCUAUGGGAUACAACAUUUUACCUACAUUAUCACUGACAGGAGGACAAUUUGAUAGUAUGAGUGCCCCUUUGUAUCAAGUGAAUGAAUCUCAAACCGAAUCUUAUGGCGGAAGUUCCACAUCUGGCACUAUAUCGGAUGCCACUGAUGGAAGUGAACAAAGCAACAGCUACUCAGAAACUAUGGAAACCAUGGACUCAAUGAGUGAACAAGACCUGAAUCGGCAAUACUAUCAAGUGCUUCAUGCUAUCAUUAGAAAGCAAUUUGAUUUCCUCGAUGAUGAUUCUCCAAUAUACUAAUUAAA